UAUUCAUAUCAUGGGGGGGCAUGACGUCCACCAAGAAGCGCUUUCUCUACUUAGUUCCAAAGCAAAGCGAAAAAGAAGAAUGGCCACUGUAAUCACACCAACAUCGAAAGCAAAGCAAGGCAAAGCAAAGCAACGAUUAAGUAAAGAAAGCCAAUGCUGACAAACUUCAAGAAACCAACACCUGGAAAAUAAAAAAAAGCCACCUUAAACUCCUCGCUCGCUCACACGCUACUAGCGCUACCUUCGCUUUAGUUCGCUCUCCGUCUCUCUAGACCCUUCCCUUGCGUUCAUGGCGACCUUGGCAGCGGAGGCGGCGAGCUGGCCGGACGCCUUAGCCCUCGCGAGCGCGAUCGUGUCGUCGGCCGGGGACGUCCUCGCCCACCGGAGGAACUGCAAGCAGCUCGCCGGGCACGCGGAACUGGUACGAGCCUGGCUGGAGAAGGUGAGCGGUACCGACCUGGAGAGGGUGCCGGAGAUCCGAGAGGGUCUGGGGGAACUGGCGGAGGCUCUGAGAGAAGCGCUCGAGUUGGUGGAGAGUUGCAGAGGGAAGAGCUGUAUCUACAUGGUGGCCACCGGCUGGAACGCCGUGUACGAGUUCCGUCGCGUGCAGGCGGAGAUCGAUCGGCGGGUGGAGAUCCCUACGUUGACUUCGUUGGUGCAUGAGUUUCGCAUGGAGCAUUUGGAGCAAGCCUUGCGAGCCAUCAGAGACGAUCGCAGAGAGUACACGCUGGACGAGCUGGACAUCGAAGCUCAGAACGCGAUCCUGAAACCCAAUCGGACCAAGAGAGAUGCGGACAUACUGGAGAAGUUCCUGUAUCGAGCGUACCCCGACCUGCGAUUCGACGAAGCUCUUCAAGAGGAGCGAGAGAAGCUGCACGUUGAGUUGCAGUGGCUGCGAUCGAGGAAUGACCCGAAGCAGUGUCGGGUGAUCGAGCAUCUCAUCGGGGUCGCCGAGAACGCAACCAAUGGGUUGCCGAGCAAGAGGGUCACGAAGCUGCUAGUGAAUGAACCGGCAUUCGUCAUAUCGGGGUAUAUAAACAAUGUAAAGUCCAUCACGGAGAGCUUUCAAGAUCAAGGCCAAGAUGACUGGCAGGCUGAUCUUUUUGGUUGCUGCAUGGAGCCCUGCUUGAGCUUCAAGACCUGCCUAUAUCCUUGUGGAAUGUUUGCAAAGAUCGCAAACGCAGUGUCCAGAGGAGAAAUAUCUCGUGAAGCUGCCGCAAACAAUGUUUUUGCAUUCUCUCUCGUCGGCAGUUGCUGCUGCUACACUUGCUGCGUGAGAAGGAGGCUGAGAGAGCUUUUCAACAUUCAGGGAAGCUUAUGUGAUGACUUCCUAACGCACCUGAUGUGUUGCUGCUGCGCAAUGGUUCAAGAGUGGCGAGAGCUUGAACUAAGAGGCUUCGAGGGGUGCCAGGGGAGAAAAAUGAUUCCUCCACCUUACCAAUUCAUGAAGCCUUAAACCGGUCAACUGGUGACUGAUAGUAUCAGUACUUCAUUUUGUUUUACAAUGCUACAUAGUUUAGUGCAGAGAGAGAGAGAGAGAGAGAG